AUGCUACAACUUCCAAAGUUUCUCGAAGAACGUAAUGUGAGUUUUUUGUAUAGUACAAAUAUUAUUUGUAUAAAAUAGUUUUAGAAGGCAAGAAAUCGGGAAAUCAAGUAUUUGCAUGCAAACGAAGAAUGCGAAAAACGAGAAGAAAUGAAAGUAUUCCGCAAAAUACUCUGCAGACCAAUCAUGGAAUUUUAUGCCAAUUUUGGAUUCGGUGUACAACAGUGAGUCACACUAUUCUUUUACAGUUAGCAUUCAAGCUUUCUCUUUCUUAUUCACCCUUCGGAAAAAAUUUUAAAUUAUUGAUUUUUAAAGAGAUAACGUCAUCUUGAAACUCGGAGCUUUGGCGGUUAUGAUUGUCGACACCCUUGAAGAAUAUCAAAAGAUACGUGGCAAAUAAAUCAAGUUUUUUCUGUUUUUGUAUUUUUUAUUUGCUGUAUUUUUGCUUUAAUAAAAAUGUUGUGAGUUAUGGAGAAUUUGAGAGUUUUCUCUUUAGAAAAUUAUAAUUUAGAUUUGUCAGAAAAUUUUCAGAGAUUAGAAAAGCUAGAAGCAUCAGUUUCAAUUAAUUUUUGACCCAGAAAAAUUUGAAACGAUUUUCAUUGCAAGCGGGAAACGGAAAAUCAAACCGUAAAAUUGCCGCGGCAAUUUCUAUCGCACGGCAAGAAAAAUCAAACUUUUUGUUCUUCUCUUUCCCCCUCAGAAAAUAUAGAGGAGUAGAGAAAGUGCGCUCUAAUGAUAAUAUAUGCAAGAAGACAUUUUUGUUUCUCAUUGUUUGUUCAUUAAUGUUCUUGUUGUUCCCGCCUUGUUUUUUUCGAAUAAAAUAUUGUUUUGUUUUAGUUUUUCUAGAACAGCAUUUUUUCUAGAAAACAUUUGCUUGAUUUUUUUGAACAGUUUUUCUCUGCUGAUUAUUUUUUGAAUAAAGUUGAAAAUUUUUGAUUUUAUCUUUUUUUUUUUCAAUUCGAUUGGAAUAUCAAAAAUGAGACAAAUUGCAUAGUGAUUUUUCCGUAUAUUGUUUCCUUAUUCAUUUUUAUUCAUGUAGAAUCAUCAUCCAUUGUCUCUUUUUCCUGACAUGAGAUGAGCAAACACGCUCUAUCGAACAACUAGUCUAGAUGCAACAACAAUACUUAUUUGCAUUGUUUUUUAAAUAAUUUUUGGGUUGUCUCUGCCUGAUUUUCAGUUUUUUUAAGCUGAUUAUUUUUUACAAAUAUCUAAUUUUUAACUAUUUUCUAGGAUCUUCUAUUCUCUAUCAUUUCAUGUUAUUUGAAGAUUGUUUGAUUUUCUUUUUUUCUCCACCUAUAUACCUUUUUUCAAUUUGCUUGUUUUUUCCAUAUAUUUUUCUUCUUCUUCUUCAUUCGUACUUAUCUAAAAUUUAAAUUUUUCUGUAUUUAGCAGGCUCACCUUUUGUCAUUAUGUCAAUCAGACUCGAGGAUGUCGACUCUCUCGUCUACCAAUAUCUGAAAGAAAGAGGUAAGUUUUUUCAAGCGAUUUUUUUCAAUCGUUAGUAUCCGAUGUGAUUUUAGGUCUUCACGACUUAGCCGAGGAACUCGUCACCGCGACAGGAUUAGAGAAUAAGGACACUUUCGACAAUGGACUUCUCAUUCGAUUGAUUGCAAAAACUUUGCAUUCUUAUAGAGAAACCGAAACUGAAGCAGUCACUAGGGCUGCACGCGGGGCACCCCGCGAUGAAACACCGUGCAAAAAAUCGCUUGCCCCCUCGCCCCUUCGCCCCCUCGCCUCUUUGCCCCCUCGCCCCCUUGCCCCCUCGCCCCGUCGCCCCGUCGCCCCGUCGCCCCCUCGCCCCGCUUGUAACUGUGUGUGGUGAAGAAAAAAAAGAAGAUAGAAGCGCGCACACAGUUACAAGCGGGGGCGACGGGGCGACGGGGCGAAGGGGUGACGGGGCGAGGGGGCAACGGGGCGAGGGGGCAAAGGGGCGAGGGGGCGAAGGGGCGAGGGGGAAAAACGUGGCGGGGCGAGGGGGCCGCCCCCACGCCCCAUCGUGCAGCCCUAGCAGUCACAUUGGAGAUGUGUAUUGAGAGAAUGCAUGAGGAAAGUGUCAAAUUCAAUGCAAAAUCAAAUGAUGGAGAUGAGGAUACAUCUAGCAAGUAA